AUGCAUGUACCCCCAUUUCCGGUCAGGCCGAGAACGGAUAAGGACUGGGAGGCAUGGCGUCCGCAGAUAGAGCACUAUUAUCAGGACCAAGACUGUGAGCUCAACGAGCUGAUAGCCAAGAUGAAGGAGCUGGGUCUAUGGGGAACACGCAAGCAGUACAUGAACCGCCUCAAACAGUGGGGGGUGCUCAAGAAUAUCAAAGCGGAAGAGUAUGAGGCGAUUGUGCAGAUCCGAGCCAGGCGACAAGCUUUGGGGAAGCAGACUGCCUUUAUGGUGAGGAAAAGGCCUGUUUCCAAGUCCAAGAUUGAUCGAUAUGUCAGGAGGUCGAGGAAUCGCAGCACAAAACCAGCCAGGCCAGCAAGAGACGUAAACACCCCGCCAGAUGUCGACUUUUGGACUCCUCCACCAUCGCGUGUAUCGACACCAAACCCUGCCAGUCUUUCACCCAUUAUCCUGUCAGGUGUCCCUCGACCAUUGAGCACCCAAGUUACAUCCGAAUCAGUUUCUUCCGAUGUACACGAUACUGAACAGUCCGGUUCUUCAUCUGCUCUGACGGUCUCACGGUCGGAAAACACAAAAAACGCCAGCUUGGUUGUCGCCGCGCAGCCUCUCAGGGUCACAGGGCGUCUACCCGGUGCAGCAUGGCCCAGCCGGUCCCAGUCUCCCAUCACACCACAACGCGCAAAAGCGCCCAUGUACAUCAACAUCGCCCUCCCGGACAGCCACAGACACUCUCAGGGGAUCCUCGGCUCCAUCAGCGAGACCAUCGAGCGCAUGGCGCUGCCGACGGCCGUCUGCGACUGCGGCAUCACCCCAGUCCCGGACGCGAGGGGGUUCAACAAGGUCGGGUCGCCCGAGUGCUGCCGGCACGUGGGCGACAGCACGGCGGUGCCGGAGCAGGCGGACGAGUUCUUCCGGCUGCUGUUCCGGGCGCUGUCGCUGCUGGCGGCCGACGAGCACAGCGUCGAGGCGCUGCGGUUCGUCGACGCCUGCCUGGCCUGGCAGUUCCGCAGCAAGCGCUACGCCCUCUUCCGCCUCGGCAUGAUGUGCAUGACGCAGGCGUACCUGCGCUUCCACGCCCGCCGCGCCAGCGCCGGCAUGCUCGCCAUGAUCGCCGGCUUCACGCGCCAGCUCACGGCGACCAUGCUCGGCGGCGACGCCGACCACCCCGUCGUUCGCACCCUCGCCACCAUGAGGGACUCGCUCCGCUCCGGCAGCUUCGUCCACCCCGACGCCAUACACCAGGCGUACAUAUUCCUCGCCGACGUGCUGUGGCGGGACUCGAAGCAUCGUUGGAGGUGGGGGCUCGGCUCCUUGACUUACCGGAUGGGAUACAUGGACACGGACGCCGCGCUCACCGCCGAGAUGCGCCAGCGCCGCCUGCUCGUCCUGCAAGAUGCCGCCGCGUCUCUCCGGGGCUUCAGCGACAGCGAGGAGCGGCCUCCGGAAGCCCUCGUGCCGGCGUACCUGGACAUCGCCGCCGCCAUGGUCGGCCUCAGGCGGUUCGACCUGGCCGAGGCCCUCGUAGCCCCGAUUCGAAUCCCCCAAGAUGUCCCGAGGGACUUUUAUGCACAGUCGUGGUGCGUCAUGGCGCACAUCUCAGAGUACAGAGGGCGGUACGCCGAGGCUGCCGAGAUGCUGGGGAGGGUCGCCGAGGGCGCAGAGCCUUAUUUACUUUCUCAUCUGCUCCGACACCAGGCGUCGCUUUAUGGCAGGAUGGGAAAUCCUACCAAGGCCGGCCAGCUGAGGGAGGAGGCGGCUGGGCUGGCGUUGAUGGUGGAGCAGAACACAAUGUUGCGGGCAGCACAGGAAGUGGUAUGA